CAUUAAUCUUCAUCUUUUUGUAGUCAUGUCAUCAUUCACAAUCUGGCACGACUUGCGAGUACUCUGGCUGGCCAAUACCCCGAGUUUCUACAGCAAAGACAACACAUCCACAACUCAUAUUUCAGCUGUCCUAUGGAAAACAUGGGAGACCUCAUCUUGAUAAAUGGAACCGUGCACAUUAAUAUUACCAGCAAAAAAUGCCUGCCAGCUUUUGCAACUGAUGCUGAGGUCACGGCAAGUGAAAACCAUCACCUAGCGGACAUCUUUCCCCUUAAGCAGACUAUUGAUCUUUCAAAGGAAAACAUUUAUACUGCUGAAGAACAAAUAGGUUUAGCUGGAAGGACUGACUCCCACCCGCAUACCCUUCUCACAAGAAACCCACAUUACACUUACAUAGACAGCCAGCUGAAUUCAAAGGCAAUGAUGCACUGCAUGGCUCACUGUAUAAUUGAAGCUCAUAGAAUGUAUGGGGCAGAUGUCAAGCAGCUUCCUCAACCAAUCACGGUGCAGCAUAUUGGCGUGAACCACACCGGUCAGGUGUUCUACUUCACAGCGUUCCAGUUGAAUACACUGGACUUCAGUAGCCAUGAUGGUGUAAAGAACUUCACAUGGUUUGAUGGUGGCAACGAGUUGUUCUCAGACAUCACCAAAGAUGGAAAUGUUGUUGGCUAUAACCCAGAAGUAUUCAAAAAAGUUCUUGCUUUCUAUCUAAAUGGUCUAUAGAAGAUCUGGGAAUAUCUGUGUAUGAUAGUCAACAGCCAAACUCCUACUUGUUUCAUGCUUUAGUUCGAAGUGGUGUCGAAGGUAUAUAUAUACGUCAUGUUUAUUGACGUCUCACGCAACUUCACACUUACAAAUAAUGUCAUCGAUCAAGCUGUGGCUACAUGUUACAUGGACAGGCUGUGUAGUAGGUUGAGGUUGUGAUGAAGCAGGUAAUUCAUACAGAUUUGCCUGACCACCUAGUAGAUCAACACCAUUUUUUAGAUGAUCCUGUAACUAUAUAUAUAUAUAUAAUACACGAUUAUAUUAAAACUGAAAAUCUGAUAUUAAAAAGCACUUCUUCUCGUCUCUUGUUAUCCGUGACAUUGCGGGACGAUAUGUAAUAAGGCUUAUGAUUGUGCAACGCGGUGUAUUACAACAGAAACCUUGCUAAUACUUGGAAAUUGCAAAAACUAAUUUGUAUCAGAAUAGCUUGUAGAUGCUUUUAAUAGAAAUGUAUAUAUGGCUUUUA